AUGACUCACGCCGUUCACGAUGAUCUCAGGGGAGGAUUUCCUCCAGGAACUGUUCUGCUGGAGAGCAAACGCAACUCGGACCGGGAAUUUCGUCUUCAACCGACUCCUGACGAUCCCGACGACCCCCUAAAUUGGUCAGCCUGGAGAAAGUCUCUCAAUUUUGGGCUCACCUGCAGCUAUGUCCUCUUCACAUUUGUGUUGAUUGAUAUCAACAGUCUGGCGUACAAGGGAUACAUGAAUGAGCUCCGUCUCACCUACACAACCUUCAACCAGGCUAGCGGAGCCAACUUCGCUGGACUGGCUUUCGCCUGUGCAAUCUGGUGGGCCAACUUCCACCACGGAGCGGAAUUGAUCUGUGUGAGUCUGCUGGCGGGUCUGGCAGGCGCCAUCAGCGAGACAAUCGUGGUGAUCACAAUUGUUGAUUUGUUUUUUGUUCACCAACAUGCUCGAAUGAACGGUAUCUUCUUGUUCAUGCAAACCUUAGGUGCCACGGGAGGGCCCAUCGCUGCUGGGCAUAUCGUGAUCUCCCAAGGAUGGCGGUGGAUGUGGUGGUGGAUUGCCAUCUUCCUUAGUGUCAAUCUGAUUGCCGUGCUUCUGUUCUUCGAGGAGUCGAAAUACAUCCCCACGCUAGUCGGUCAAUCGUCUUCGUCGGCGAGUCCUACCACUUCCCUGGAGAAAGACGACAAGAUCACCGACGUGCCCGAAUUUCAGCCUGUAGACAGUCACCUUUCGACAACCGCUCCACGUUGGAAGUCGUAUCGCCAACGCCUGGCUUUCAUCACCAAGACAGACAUCCGGAUCAAGCACCAUUUCUACCAACCGUUGUUCGUCUUCUUUUCCUUCCCCGCCGUUGCAUAUGCCGCCAUUACUUACGGCUGCUUACCCGCGUUCAACUCCAUCCUUGCUUCUGCUGGUUCCUAUUUCCUCCUCGCCCCGCCUUACAACUUCAGCCCGUCUUCGAUUGGUCUCUACCAUCUCGGAGGGUUCACCGGCGCAUUCCUUGCCGCACUCACUGCGCCGGCAGUCAACGAUUGGGCCAUUGUUCGGUCCUCUAGGAAGAACGAUUGCGUCUUUGAGCCCGAGAUGCGUCUCUGGAUGGCUAUUCCGGGUUCCUUGCUGACUUGCACCGGUUUGUUGAUGUUUGGAAUUGGUCUUGGACAAGGACUUCCUUGGAUUAUGCUGGCAGUCGCAUGCGGCAUCUUCGGCUUUGGCUUCAUCGCCACGGCCGACGUAGCGCUCACCUAUUUGACGAACUGUUAUCCAGACAUCCUCAGCGACGCCCUCGUGGCGGUAGUGUUCGUGCGCAAUGGAAUCUCAAUGAUUGUCAAAUUCCUCUGGACACCCUGGAUCAUGGGAAUGGGCAUCCAAAACACGUUUAUUCUCGUUGCGAUGAUCGCAUUGGCCACUAUGGCUCUGCCAAUCUCGUUGAUGAUAUGGGGGAAGAAGUUUCGAAUCCGCACCGCGGCGAAGUACAAGCAAUAUGACUGCAGGCAGCCUGCUCAUCGGGCCUAG